AGGGGCUUGGUUAUUUUUCCAAUACAAUGAAUUCAACGAUAAGUAGGAACAGUUGCGCAUUAUUCAUAAAUUUCUUUUAAUUGAUAAGAAACAGUUGCGCGAAAUAUAAACACAGCGCUUGAAAUAAUAAAAAUAUUACAAAUUAAAAAAUAAAGUCGGAAUCACAUAGCAGUUAGUUUUCAAAGGCAGCGUAGAGUGAACUAAAAGCGGCGGAAGUAUAGCGCUAAAAUUUCUGUAAAAAAUGGAUAAUCUAGCCAGUGUAGGAUUAGCAUGUUUGUGCUGUCUAAAUCUGCUCUUCGUAAGAGUUAAUUGCGAUUUUGUGCAAUGUGAGACCCCAAAUGGCUCAAUUGGAAGCUGCAAAUUACUUGUUGCCUGCGAGAGCCUUUAUAAUCUUGCCAAGAAUCCGCAAACGGAAGAGAAUGCAGACUUUUUACGCAGAAGUCAAUGUGGAGUCGCAAAUAAUAGUCCACUUGUUUGCUGUGCAGAAGCCCAAAAUGAAGUAGCUACCCAACUAUGUCACACACCAAAUGGAGAAGAAGGUAAUUGUGUAGUCAUAGAAGAAUGUCGGCUUUUGUAUAAUCUGGCUUUGAAAAAGGAUAUAACGCAAGCAGAAAUAGCAUUUUUGAGAGGCAGCAAAUGCGGAAAUGAAGUCGAUAGCAGAUAUGUUUGUUGUCCAAAACUGAAGGCAUUGGACAUUGCGCCAAAACCAAAAGUUCGUGCAAUCUUCGAUGAAAUUCACGAUAUUGCAACAUGUCAAACACCAGACGGACUAGCAGGCGAGUGUAUAGCCAUAGAUGAUUGCAAUGCCUUGAGUUACCUUUUUCAAAAAGAGCAAUUAACGGCGGCUGAAUUGUUAUUCGUACGGCGAAGCGAAUGUGAAACAGGAGAGUCUCAAAUUUGCUGUCCGAAGACAUCGAGUAAAGAUGACGAAGAGCAGAAAAUUAAAAAAGCGGUAAACGCAGCUGUUCGUUUUCUGUCCACGUAUUGGCCAUAUACCGCCUUCAAGUGGUUUACCUCAUUUCCAUCCUGCGUAACAUCAUUCGAGAUGGUUGGUGAGUGUAUACCAGUACAGAAUUGCAGCGUUAUGAUGAAUAUAGUAUUAAAAGUCAAUCCAACACAAGCUGAAAUAGUUUUGUUGCGAGCUAAUCAAUGUGGAUAUGACAACAAAGUUCCUUUGAUAUGUUGCCCAAAGCUGGAAGUACCACUAGCGCAAGCAGAAACAACCACAACCAAAAUUGAAAUUGGAACAGAAAAUGGAACUGGAAUUGAAGUCCCCGCCAAUGAAACAUGCGUAACUCCAAAUGGCGCACUUGGUGACUGUAUAGCUUUGGAAAAUUGCAAUUCUUUAUUAAAACUUCAUCAAAAAGAAAGCCUAACCCAAGAAGAGUUACAAUAUUUAGCAGAAUGCGAAUGUGAGAGCCCAAAUUCAGAGGAAGUGAGAGUUUGUUGCCCCAAAACGUUAGAGAUAGUGGAAGAAGAGGUGAGAACUACUACAACAGAAGCUGCUCUGGAGGAGAGAAAAUGCGAAACUCCCAAUCAAGUGGCUGGUAUUUGCUUAUCCCUCAUUCAGUGCAAAUCUUUAAUGAAAAUAAUGCACAAAAAUGAGUUUUUCGAGAAUGAUAUGCAAUACUUGCGUGCCAGUUUUUGUGCAGAUGCAGAUAGAUUUCCGAUGGUUUGCUGUCCCGAUAUUUCAAUGACUGAAGAUACAUUCUUACCGCUGCCUCCAUAUUGCGGAAAAGUAUUAGUAGAAAAUAAUACCGAUGAUACUGCUACCACAACAACAGAUAUCGAUGAAUAUCCCUGGACGGCAUUGCUCGUCUACACUAAUCCAAGAGGUCAACUCAGUUUUCCCUGUGGCGGUACGCUAAUCCACGAGCAUUUUGUGCUCACCGCUGCGCAUUGUCUUGAACAGGAAGCUGGUAUUAGUAAGUUAACUGGCGUACGCUUGGGUGAAUGGGCUACUCAAGUGAGUAAGGAUUGUCAAAGUAAAAAUGCCGAACACGAACUCUGCGCACCCACACAACAUGAUGUGGCUGUAGAAAAGUUGAUUACUCAUCCAAAAUACAAUUCGACGAAUAACGACUUAGCACUGCUGCGCUUAGCUGAAGUAGUUUCAUUUACUCGCUUCAUUAGUCCGAUAUGUUUGCUUUUCGGCAGUAGCCACCUUGCGUAUCCGUUGGCAGGCACCACUAUGUACGUUGCCGGUUGGGGCGCAAAGAGCACGAGUGAAAUAAACAGUUUUAAAAUGAAGUCUUCUCUUGCGGUGCAAAAUUUGACAGCAUGCAUGAUCCAAUAUUCGACUACGGCUGGGAUUAAUUUGACUGAUCGUCACAUCUGCGCAGCUGGUAAAAAUGCGGCUGACAGCAUCAUAGUUGACUCGGGUGGGGCGUUGAUGACUUUAGUGGAGAUCGGGAAAGUUCAGUCAUAUUUUUUAGUUGGCGUGAACACACUGAGUUAUGAAUACUCACUGAGGAGAGGUUUUGCUGGUGUUUAUACGCAUAUUGGCGCCUAUCUGGAUUGGAUAAGAAAUGAAAUUAAGAACAACUGAAUAAAAUUCGAUAUUUUUGAAAUUGAAAUGGAACUAUAUUAUGCGAAGAAGAUGUGCUUUCUGAGAAAUUGGACCAUUUGUAAAAAUACUGCUGAGGACAGCGCUUCUUAAAAAUUAAUUUAUUGAGAGUUUUC